UGGCCGACUUCGCGUUUCACUUAUUAUUUCUCCCUAACUUCAUGAUUGUUGUGUCUAGCAUUUGUUUGAGCUGAAGUUCGUCUUUGGUCGAUUUUCAAUCUGUCUCAUGUGUCAAAAAAUAACAAACAUGAAAAUGUGUUUAUUUAAUUCAAAUUAUAUUUAUUACAAUUGACUAUAAAUAAAAUUCUAAUAGUUCAAAGUUAUUAUUGAAUACGAAAAGCUUUAUUAAUUUGUACAUAAACUUAGAUGUAAAAUUUAUAUUACUAAUUUAAAUAGUAAUAUUUUUUAAGUGACUACAUUAAUUAUUGUUUAAAUAAUUUUUUUGAACUUUCCUAUUAAUUGUUACGUAAAAACUUUUUAUUAUGGGCUCAUCAGUUCUAGUGUGUCCUAUGUGUUGUGGCGAAACUUUUAACAAUUCGCAGUCACUUAAAUAUCAUUUAUUAAGUAUGACUGAUAAUUUAUAUUGUCCAAGUUGCUCUCAGAGAUCGGAUUCUAUUGCUGCUUUAAUUCAACAUUUAGAUAAAUGCGAUGAAAAUGUUGCUAACGCUCUUCAAAUGGACUGCAAUGGUUACAAAGAUGAACAUACAGAAAUUCUGAUGGAUACAAAUGUUGAAGAAAUUAAUGAGAGUUUUUUAGCAACUGUAAACCAUCAAGAAAUUAUGAUUGUCGGUGAACCAAGAACAAUAGAAGUUGACGAAAAUGGUGAAAUCAAAGUUGUUAAUUCUAUGGAUUUAAAUGGAAAAUCCAUUAAAUUUCAAUCACUUAAUGUUAAAGCAGAAAAUAAUGGUGUUCAAUUGAAUACCAAUCAUUCAGAAUCCGAGGAAAGAGAUCUAGAUGGAACACCUGUGAUAAGUAUUCCAGAAUCAAUGAGUGAUAAUUCAGACUCAAGAAAUAUGAUAGCUCUUUUAGCAGAUGGAACAGAAGAAUAUUUAGAAAGUGAUGAAAAUUUAAUCGAAAUAAAACGUCACGAUAAUGAAAUUGAAGACGAUGAAUUAUUAAAAGUGAAACAAGAGCUCUGCGAGGUAAAAAAUGAAGAGACAGAUUCUGCAGCAAUCUACAAUUGUAGCAGUUGUGGGAUGAGUUUCAAUUCAGUCUUAGAUCACAUUAAAGAAUUUCAUGAUGGUCAAGAAGUAGUUUUGGAAAUGGUAGAAGACAUUUCUGAUGUUUCCGAACCUUUACAAUUUGAAAAGGAAGUUCCAGAGCGUGUAACUCGUGGAAAACAUCGACAAACUAUGAACACGUUAAGAACUGAAGAGUGUAUUGAUAGUGAAGGUCGACUUUAUACUAGAAAAGUAGUUCAAAUUGAGAGAUUUUGGGAUAAAAAUGCGUUAAAUACGUCUCACACUACACCAAAGCCAGCAUCAAUGAUUGAAAAAUUUUUCUCUAAUGCUGAAGGUGUUGAAACACAAGGAAAAAGUCAAAUGACUACAAAACGUUACAAGUGCAAUCAAUGCUUAGAAGAGUUUGGUAGAUUAGGGGAAUUUCGUGCUCAUGCAUGUUUGAAUGGAACUAAUCAAUGUGAUCGUUGUGAUCAAGCUUUUACAUCAGCUAAAGCCCUUCAAACUCAUUUAAAACUUCAUGAUAAUAACACUAGUAAUGGACAAAAAUCUUUUAUUUGUAAAAUAUGUGGCACAGAAUUUAUUUCACAUAAAAGUUUAAGAUUACAUUCAAGAAUGCAUGCUCCAGUUAGAGCUAGACAUGUAGAUGCUCCUGAAGGAAAACCUACGGCAAAUUUUACCUGUCUUGAAUGUGGAAAAACUCUUUCUGAAUCUUAUCGAGAAGCUCACAUGGCUUUACAUACGGGAGAUACAGUAACUUGUGCAGUUUGUAACAGAAAAUUCGACUCUGCCGAUAGUCUAGCAAUGCACGCUGCAGUUCAUCCAGAAUUAGGAAUUCAAAAUAGUCAAUCUCAAAAUCAAAUCGAAAUAUUCGUAAAACCAUCAUCACCUUCUCCUACACUUCCAGAUCCUUCCUCUUCCUUUAAAAUUGUAAAUGUGACGAAUUCUAAAAAUUCAAGUUCAGUGGAAAAUGAUAAUGGAGAUGCUCUAAAACCAUACCAGUGUCAACAUUGUGGAAGAAGAUUUACUAGACCGCAUGAAAAAGUAAAACAUGAAAGGAUUCAUACUGGUGAAAAACCACACGCUUGUGAGGUCUGUGGAAAAACUUUUAGAGUUUCAUAUUGUCUCACACUUCAUAUGAGAACGCAUACAGGAGUACGUCCAUAUCAAUGUCAACAUUGUGGCAAACGAUUUAAAGCAUCUUCUGUUUAUAACCAUCAUCUUUUAACUCAUGGAGAUGAAAGAGCGUACACAUGUCCCUAUUGCCCGAAAACCUUCAAGACACGAGUUCAACUAGCUGGGCAUAAAAAUAGUCACACAAAACCCUUCCGUUGCACUGAAUGUUCGCGACCCUUCGCAUCUCUAUAUGCAGCUAGAGCUCACAUUCAAACUCACAAAAAGGACAAUAAUUUGAAAUUUAGUUGUAUGAUUUGUGGAGCAUCGUAUGGACGGGCUUUUGCAUUAAAAGAUCAUUUAAAAGUGCAUGAUCCUGAUGUUUUAAUGCCUCCAGAACCUGCAAGAGAAGAAGAAGUGCACGAAGCUUUCUUACUCGAUGAAGAAGAAGAAGUGCUGGAAGAAGAAUUAGUGAAUUCUGGCAUCCAAAUUUCAAUAGAUGAACCUGAAUGAUCUUAGUUUUUCUUUGUGAAUUGUUGAAGUUAAUUAAUUCUAUUUUAACAAAAAUAAUUUUUAUUGUUUUCACAUUGUGUUAAUGAUUGAUAAAAGUUUUUUAGUAUGAACCCAAAAAUUUUGUAUUAUCAAAGUGGCCUUGAGAAACAUUUCAUAAAUUAACUUGAGGAAAUCAUACAAACAUGAUUUGAAAUCAUUAUUGAUAAUAAUAAAUU